AUGACUGCGACGGAUGACUCCUCGAUUCUAGGGGAGACUGAUGAGCUACUUCGUUUUCUGAAUCGAUCGUCAAUUAGUACGCGUGACAGCAGAACACUGCGAGGAUGGAAGCCACCUAUGAGAGCUCAGUCGUUAGGAGCUAUGAAAAUACACGAACAGAUGGACACUGAAUCGGUAACUGAUCUGUGGAAAGAAGACUAUGAGAGAGAAUCGCAAAGAGAUACAAAGAGCUCAUACAAAACCGCUGAACCUAUGUCUUCACAUCAAAACGACAACUCCUUUCAGCUUGACGACGAUGCUGACGAUGAUGAUGGUGAAAUAUAUUUAAUCGAAGGAAGACGCACGCCAGAUGGACUGAAGCCAAAGAGACAACUAACGAAUUACAAAUCUACCGGCCAUCUACCCGACUCUCGACUAGACACCCUAGAUGAGGGAAUUUCCAUCUACGAAGAUAAGCAUACGCCCACUUCAUCUUUAAUAAAUUGUUAUCUCCAGCCAGACACUUUUUCGCAACAUAUGGAACCGUAUACCAGCUCCAAAACAGCUGUCAAAGGUUACCAUCGUCUUGAAGAAUGCCCAUUUUACACCAACGAAGUUUCCGCACUGAAAUUCCGUAUUGUGGAAUUGGAAUAUGUCAACGCUUCCCUCGAAGGCAAGCUUCGUCAAUAUCGAGAUGAGAUUCGUUUAUUCAAGAAAGACGUCAGAGGUUACAAAACAGAUGGGAAACGGUUUACACAGUUGCUCAAGGAAAAAAAUGUAGAGAUAUCAGUCCUGCACAAAAAGAUUAUCCAGCUUCUUAAUCACGAUGCUGUGCCAUCUCCUCGGGUUUCGGCUGGAAAUCCUCAUGCAUCAACUGGUCAAAUGUCAACAAAGCAAAACAAAGUAACGUCGGGAGACUUCAGCAGUCGUUCGCGAGUCUCUGCGCGUGCAAGUUCGCAGGUAGAAAAUGAACCACAAUAUUGGGUCUAA